CUCCCUCCCGUCUUCACACCAAAGCUUCAUCUCACCUAUACAUACACUCUCAUAAAUCUAUCGCUAUUGAAUUGAGAUUCUUUUCGGUCUGAUUAUUUGAUUGAAUUGUUUAUUCUUUAUUCAUCGUCGUUGAUUUUCGAUUCUCUCAAUCCACAUUGCAAUGGCGGCUACUGCGGUGCACACGGCGGUUGCGGCUCUGGCCGGCGCGACUUCUGCUGUUUCGGUGGGCCCGGCGCCGCCCCUGAGUCCGACGGGCGCAAUGGUAGCGUUCACGAACUCGUCGCUCUACGUCGGCGAUCUCGAUCCUUCGGUCGACGAAGGACAACUGUACGAUCUGUUCAACCAGGUUGCGCAAGUGGUAUCGGUUAGGGUUUGCAGGGAUCAGUCCAGACGCGUCUCCCUCGGCUAUGCCUACGUUAAUUUCGGCACUCCACAAGAUGCCCUUAGUGCAAGGGAAGUUUUGAACUUUACGCCCGUCAAUGGAAAGCCCAUAAGGAUUAUGUUUUCUCAUCGAGAUCCCAGUAUCCGCAAGACUGGAUUUGCAAAUGUUUACAUAAAGAAUUUGGAGUCCUCCAUUGAUAACAAGGCUUUGUAUGAGACAUUUGCUGCCUUUGGGACUGUUCUUUCCUGCAAGGUUGCCGUUGAUGGUAAUGGGAAAUCGAAAGGGCAUGGGUUUGUACAGUUUGAUGCAGAGGAGGCUGCAAACAAUGCAAUCAAGCGACUGAAUGGCAUGCUGAUAAAUGAUAAACAAGUUUAUGUUGGCCGCUUUAUUCGCAGACAGGAAAGGAGUGGAGGCUAUGUUCCAGAGAAGUUUACCAACGUUUAUGUGAAGAAUCUUUCUGAAACAACAUCGGAUGAGGAUCUCGACAAGCUUUUUAAGAAAUUUGGUCCCAUCACCAGUGCUGUUGUUAUGAAGGAUGGCAAUGGGAAAUCCAAAUGCUUUGGGUUUGUUAACUACCAAAACACAGAUGAUGCUGCUGCUGCUGUCAAAGAAUUGAAUGGAAGUACCAUGAAUGACAAGGUUUUGUAUGUGAGUAGGGCUCAGAAGAAAUCUGAAAGGGAAGCAGAAUUGAAGGCAAAAUUUGAGCAAGAGAGAGCCAGUAGAUUUGACAAGUUAAAGCACUCUAACCUGUAUUUGAAAAAUCUUGAUGACAGCAUAACUGAUGAAAAACUGAAAGAGAUAUUCUCAGGGUACGGAACCAUAUCAUCGUGCAAGGUGAUGCUUGAUCCACAAGGAACCAGCAAGGGUGCUGGCUUUGUAGCCUUUACUAACCCAGAUGAAGCUCAAAGAGCCUUGACUGAAAUGAAUGGAAAAUUGAUUGGAAGAAAGCCUUUGUAUGUUGCUGUUGCCCAGCGCAAAGACGAAAGGAGGGCUUGGCUACAGGCACAUUUUGCACAGAUGCGACCAACAGGUGCAAUGCCACCAUUGCCUGCAGGGAUCCCUGGAUAUCACCCUGGGGCACCCAGACUUGCUGCCCCUCAACAGAUCUAUUUUGGUCAAGGUACUCCUGGAUUGAUGCCCCCUCAGGCGGCUGCCGGGUAUGGUUUUCAGCAACCACUUGUGCCAGGGCUGUGUCCUGGUGUUGCCCCGAAUUUUAUCAUGCCAUACCAACUCCAUCGCCAGGGACAAGCUCCACAACGUGUUGGUGCGAGGAGAGGUGCAAAUACUCAACCAACACAGCAGUGGAUGCAGCGGAACUCCAACCAAGGCGGUCUUGGUAGAUACACAGCAAAUGGUAAUCAUCCUACUAGUCUGGCAUCUCAAGGUCUGAUGGGGCCAAUUAUGCCAUUGCCAUUCGACGUUUCUGGAGGGGUUGCAGCACCUGCUAUGGACAAUCAACGCCCUGCACCAAUUCCCACACCAACUCUUGCUUCAACCUUGGCCUCCGCUUCCCCUGAGGACCAGCGAAUGAUGCUUGGAGAGCAGUUAUAUCCGCUAGUAGAGCGGCUUGAACGUGACCAAGCGGGAAAAGUAACAGGCAUGUUGUUGGAGAUGGACCAGACAGAAGUGCUCCACCUUAUUGAGUCCCCUGAGGCCCUCAAGAAGAAAGUCGCUGAGGCCAUGGAAGUCCUUCGCUCUGCUUCUGACUCUAAUGGCGGCGAUAAGUUUGCCUCUGCAAUCUAAACAAUGCUUCUGAUGAUGAUUUGCCAUCCAGACCAUUUCUUUUUAUUUUCCCCUAGAUUUAAGAUAUUAUUUUUAUUUUCCAACUAUUUUAAUUGUUUUAUCGA